AGGAGGAAGAAGGGGAGAGAGAGAGGGUGCUCAAGAAAAUGCAGAAGCCAUGGAUUUGGGUCGCCUGGAGCAUCGUAGUAGCGAUGUUCCUCUGUGUUGCACGUCACGGCGAAGCGACGGAGACACCGCAGUACGAGGUUGUACAUACGGAAUCGGACUUCGAGAUCAGGCUCUAUAGAGAUUCCGUCUGGAUGUCGAUCACCGUCUGUGAUCUCUCCUUUCAGAAAGCAACUCUGUUUGGCUUUCAUCGUUUGUUUCAAUAUAUCCAAGGAGCAAACCUGAACUUCUCAAGGAUCCCGAUGACAUCGCCGGUAUUGACAAGCAUUGUUCCCGAGGCCGGACCGCUUCAUUCGUCAGCCUAUAAGGUCUUGUUCUACCUGCCGGCAAAGUUCCAAGCUGAUCCACCGGUGCCUUUAGCCGAGCUUCACCUGAAACCCUACAAGUGGGACUCACACUAUGUGGCCGUAAGAAAGUUUGCAGGGUUUGCAAGAGACGACAGAAUCGUGAGAGAAGCGGAGAAGCUCGGGAUAAGCCUGAGAAAAUCUCUGUGGGCAAACUGUACUUCGGAUGAAGGCGAUUUCGCUUACUCCAUAGCGCAGUACGAUUCCCCGUUUCGAUUGAUCGGUCGGAAGAACGAGGUUUGGGUUGACGUUGUUGCAGACGAACUUGGCGCCUGCAAAUUCAGCGGAGUUGCUGUAGCCUGAGGUGAUAUAAUGUGGGUAUGUACGUACGUAUGUAUGUAUUGUAUACGUGUGUGUAUAUACGUGUAUUGUACGUAGAAACAAAAGUCACAAUGUCUAAUAACUAUAUCGCCCAUUAAUAAUCUAGUUUGGUACAAUUUUUUUGUAGAAUCAAAUAAAAUGUUCCCAGCCUAA